CGCCGAGGACGAGGGCGAGGUCGGUGGAGGUGAGCGGCUUCUCCGCGCUGGUGCUCGGAGUGGGGCUGGCCCCCCACGUGCUGUUUGCGCUCUAUCCAUCUUUCUUGGUCAUCACCAACGGUGAGGCAUUCGGGUACGGGGCCUACGGCCUGGAGCUGGUGGCCUGCGCGACCUGCGUUGGGCUCACCCUCUGGUCGCUGGGGAGCUUCGUCGACCGCGGCAAGGGCCUGCCCGCGGGGCCCCUGGGCCUCCUCGGCCUGACCGAGGGCCUUUCCUACCUCGGCACCCUGGGCCUCGCCGUGGCGCUCGGCUCGGGCUACGUGAGGCAGAACGGCCUGCCCACCAUGCCCAGCGUGUCCAUGCCCUCGGUGCCGAAGGACGUCGCCAUGCCCAGCUUCAAGGCUCCGGACAUCAAGGUGCCAGACUUCAAGGCCCCCGACUUCAAGGUCCCUGACAUCAAGGUCCCCGAGCUCAAGGCCCUCGACCUCAAGCUCCCUGACAUCAAGGUCCCCGAGCUGAAGGCCCCUGAGACCAUGGCCCCAGAAGCCAGGGCCCCCGAGGCGCCCGCCGCGCCCAGGGCGGAUGAGAAGAAGGAUGCCAAGGACAGCUCGGAGGCCAAGGCCAAGGCGGAGGCAGAAGCCAAGAGAAAGGCCGAGGAGACCAGGGCGGCGGAGGAGAAGAAGAGGGCCGAGGAGAAGAGGAAAGCGGAGGAGAAGGCGCAGGCAGAGGCCAAGGCGAAGGAGGCGGCCGAGGCCAAGAAGGCCGAGGAGGCCGAGGCCAAGGCGAAGGAGGAGGCGAAGGCGAAGGCGGCGGCCGAGGCCAACAAGAAGGCCGAGGAGGCCGAGGCCAAGGCGAAGGAGGAGGCGAAGGCGAAGGCGGCGGCCGAGGCCAACAAGAAGGCCGAGGAGGCCGAGGCCAAGAGGAAGGCUGAUGCUAAGGCUAAGGAGGCCGCAGCCACACAGGCCCCCAAGCAGUCGACACCAGCAUCUGGGUCCCCAGACUUCUCGGACCUCUUCGACUGACGCGCCACGCACGCCCUCGGCGCCGAGGCUGGUCGAACCUCACCGGGUCUCCCCAGCCCUCCUCCAUCCUUCGGUCGGUUCGCGCUGCAAUAACGCGUCGGCGACCCUGGUGCUAGAGGUCUGCGCGGAUGUCGUGGAUCGGCGCUCCACCGCGCGAAGCACCGCGCGCAGCACCGCGCCCGGCGUGCGCGCUCGGCACCCUCCGCUCGGCCGUGCGGCCAGCCCGAGGCCGGGGGUGGCGCCCUUUCGGCUCCAGAGCUGCGGGCCGGGCCCCUCGGGUGGAGGAGGGGGAGGAGGAGUCCAGGAGAGAAGGAUCAGGUGUAUUACCAGACCUCCCUCGUCACCCAACAUCGGGACGGGGGGCAGAUUUUUCAAAAGGCGUGCCACCGGACGAAGUGCGGUGGACACUUGCUUUCUCAAGCGUGUAGGGUCGUAAGUAUUCGUUUGGCCGUCUUGGCCCUUUUGAAGCUCUCCAGGUGCCAUGCUGCGUGAGCCGUGUAUACGAAUUCUGCAAGAAGGAUUGAAGCCGUGGUGAUCACUUCCACAUCUGUAUACCCACCAUACAAAC